UCGAUACCCCAGCUGGCAGAUUACGCGACCGAACGAGAAGUCUGCGUUUUCCUUUCCCAAUUGAAUUGCCUGGAUUUUUGUGAUAAAACAGCAGACUUAAGAUGCACAAGGUGAUCCGGCAGAUGGGCCAGCUGCGCCUGCAGGCGUCGCAGGGAGCAGCGCUCCUCAGAUCGGGGGAAACCGGAAACCCGGCCGUCAUAUCAACAGCACCACCACCUGCCCUCCAAGUGAAGUCCCUGCACACGGGAGCUUCAGGCGGAAUGUUGUGUGCCAAGUGGAACAAGUACAACUACGGACCCCGGAAAUGGCUGGAGUACAACAAGACAGUCCAUCCGCCGCAGGAAACGGACGAGGAGCCCAGGAAGGCGUACGUCUGCCAUAUGCGCAACAACAUCAAAUACAGUCCGGACAAGAUGUGGUACAUCGCCGCCUUCGUGCGCGGAAUGUCCGUCGAUGAGGCCCUCAAACAACUGAACUUUGUGCUCAAAAAGGGAGCCACCGAUGUCAAGGAGACCAUUCUGGAGGCCCAGCAAAUGGCCGUGGAGCGUCACAAUGUGGAGUACAAGAGCAAUCUGUGGAUCGCCGAAUCCUUUGUGGGCAAGGGACGCGUCUUCAAGGGCGUAAGGCGCCACGGUCGCGGUCGCUUCGGCAAGGUGGAGUACAAGCACUGUCAUUACUUUGUGAGACUGGAGGAGGGCGAGCCGCCGCAGCAUUACUACCAGGAGCCACAGACCCCGGAGCAGCAGUACGAGCACUGGCUGGAGCAGAUGCGCAGCCGGAAGGUCAUCAACUCACUGUAGCCCCCCGAAAUCGCACUUCCACUGUACCGAUCCGUACCCUUCCAAUCCUCCUCUGCCAUCGCGUCCUCACAUUAAGCAUUUUGUUUUGUUUUUAGAAUAUUGUUUAAUAAAAAACAAAAGAAAAAAUGCAAAAAAUACGAACAUCGUAUGACUGCUUAAA